UUAGUUGAAUAAUUUUAUAAAAAUAUCAAAUAAUUAUAUCUCUUCUAGUCAUUUUUAAUGCUUUUAUUUAUAUAAUGUACAGCGAAGUAACCAGCUUUCAAUGUAUUGAUCUCAUUUAACUCUUUAUCCUUCCAAUAGAUGUAACAAUGCAAAUUCCGAAUUUGUAUUCACGAAAAUGGUUUCAAGUUCUGGUAUUCAUUGUAAUGUUGUACGCCUUCAUCAAGACGUGGUUUUUCGACCGUAAAUUGAGCAAAUAUAAUUCGAAAUUUUCAUCCUUUGAGCAUUUCAAACUCUGGGCCAAAUAUCACAGACUUCGACGAAUAAUCGAUGUCGUGGAAAUAUUGCCGAAUUGUGGCAUUCCCUAUACAUGCCCAGAAAGUACUUUUCCCGUUCAUAUUUACACCGGAAAAAGAAACAACGACAAUGCUAAAUUAUGCAUUAUGGGAAGAUAUUUAACUAAUCAUGCUGGUAACGGUGGACGUGGUUUGAAUAUAGCCUUGAUUAAUUCCAAACGACUUGAAGUAAAAGAUUUCGUUACAUUUGACGUGUACAUUGACAAUAGCAUUGUAAUGGAUAUGUGGCUGAAUACUUCAGUUCGAGAGAGCGACGUAUUGAUUAUAUUCACUUUCGACGAAGCUUCUAGGAUGCUGGCUGAAUCAUCGAAAAAAUUAUUCUAUGAUUACGGAAGUUCCAAAGUUCAAGAUCUUCAUUUCAGAUCACAGUGGUACAUGGUGACGCAAAAAGGUAUCCAAGGAUUCACUCCAUUUGAAAAAGUUACCAUGGCUCAUAACGGAAAUUGGGGCGAUGUGAUCGAUGAACGUUUCUGUGUUCCAUUAAUUCCUGUGAAAGUUUCACCACCUAUGAUGGGCAACGCGAAGAGCACAGUCAAAGAGAAAUUUUGCCUGAAGCACCAAGCUAUGAAACAGAGCUUUUUUUGCAACGGUAUGAAGAAAUACGACGACAUUUCACCAGCUCCGUUGGCAGAUAGGAAUUUAUUUGGCAAUAUCGCGUAUUCGGUACCGAUUGCGGUGAUAAUGACUGAAUCAGAUCAUGUGCAAGAUUUAGAUUCGUUUACCAUGACAUUAGAAUCACUGAUACGUCAGCCUGGCAUCGACACCAGUAAUGUUUAUGUGUUUUAUAACAGCUCAUCUGUAAUGGUACCUGCGAUCGUGGAUAUUUUCAAGUUUAAUUCGCAACCUUUGAAUAUUCCUGAUGAUAAAAACACUAGCAAAUGUAUCAGUGAUAGCAGAGUUAUAGAAAUUGCUAUCAAAACUUUAGGCAGAAGAGAAAGAUAUGUGAUUGUAUUAAAUAGUGGAUUGAUCCUUUCGCCAGAUUUUUUGUAUUUUAUGAGCCAGCUUGUAACUAUUGUUGACAUAGAUCAGUCACUGAUUGGUAUUUCAGCUUGGAAUGUGAACGGCUACAAAACUGUUUCGAGUAAUGUGAAAUUGAUCUAUAGAGUUCAAGAUUACCCUAGCUACGGAUUUUUAAUUAGAUCGGAUAUUUGCUCGAAGCAUUGUAAAAUAAACUUGGGACAUUCUUGCAUCAACAUAUCUACGUACGAAUGGCUGAAUAAUAGAGAUUCUAAUCAAGAUGUACAUAUUUUAAUUCCGGACGUAUCUCGAAUCCUGUGGCGACCAUAUCCUGAACUAGUGGCGAGGACGAGAAAUGACUAUACUAGGAAUUUAAUCACCACCGAAAGGAUGACGAAUACAGACGCUACUGUGAAAUUACAAGAACCUCACGUGCUUGUAAAUAAUUCCUAUUUCUUACAUAUAUCAGAGCUUCUUAAGAAUAGCAUUGUGAUUCAAUUUUCUCCCGAUGAAAUAAAAAGUUGUCAAACUGGAGACUCGUUUCCGAUGAAAUUGAUUAGUAAAUUCACAAAUAAAACAUUCUCCAUUUUGUACGAUGAAAUCGACGACCGACUCGAAGCAACCUUGAAAAGUAUAGCGAAUUGUUUUGGAAUUUACUCGCACGCAAACUAUUUACUAGGAGGAUCAUAUUAUGGAGUAUUCAGGUUGACAAUGAAUAACAACGACAUAUUGUUGGUCAAAUCGUCUUCCCCUUUGUAUAAUUCAAAAUCAAUGGAAGUAAAUUGAGUAGAGCGACCUACAUUUUGCUUGUGUUCCUAUAUAUAAAAAAAAUAUAAAUAUUAAAAUAGAUGUAAUCGUGUAACCUUGUGUGUUGUUCUAUGCAACUUGAAUUCCUUUUUGCUACUUCUUUAUAUCAGUUAUUUCAAAUAAAAAAAACUUUGAGAUACCUUGUUUUGUGUAAUUCAAUUGUGAACCAUGAUGCGCCUAUAGUUCAAUGAACUACGUUGAUUGCCGGAGCGUGAAAAGUUCCACUAUGCAAAUUUUUUUCAUACUUUAUCACCACAGAUAGCUACACACGUAUAAAGAGAACAAUGAACACUGUAGUUUCAAAAUAUAUAUUUUGCUUAAACAUGAAAAAUAUUAAAAUAAGAAAAUCAUUAAUAAAUUUAUACUCAUUAAGAAAUAAUGUAGUAAAACGUAGAAAAAAGUGAAAAUAUACAGCAACUAUUUACUAUUCCGUAAUAAAAAAAUCUCAUACAGAAUCCAUCCUAUCUGAUGACUAGACCACCAUUUCGCCAAGGAUACACGCGGUUAACCGCGUAGAAAAAUUCACUGAUACGAAAAAAUUCGUACAUAAAAAUCAACAUUCUGUAAUGGAAUCGAUUGCACAUGUAUGACUUCAGAGAGUUUAUCUGAGAUCCGAACAGUUUCAGCUGACGUAAUAUUUAAUCGAUUACACCACAGCCAGCUGUGCCAUCUUGACA